AAAUUUACUAUGAUUUAUGUUAAUGAAAAGUAUGUUUUUGACUUUUGAAACAGAUCUUGCGGCAUUCUGACGGUCCUGACGUGACUGAAGGGAUGAUCAUUAUGAAAUGAAGAUACAGAUAACUAAUGAAUGAUGGAUGCUGUUAUUGGGAACAUUCGAAUUGUACAACAAGCAUUAUUGGUGUUGACUACUCUACAACUCACCAGCUACUUAUACCCACCGCAAGCGAUCGUUGAAGAUGGUUCAGUAUUCGAUUACGUCAUAGUUGGAGCUGGUUCAGCCGGUUGCGUGGUAGCCAACAGACUUACUGAGGGUGGACGGGAAAAUGUUCUUCUCAUCGAAGCUGGUGGUGACCCUCCCUUCGUGUCCACGGUCAAUUCGUUUACAUGAAGAAUUCUCACGUUGAUUGGAACUACACAUCAGUGAAUGAUAAUUAUACUUCACAAUAUGCAAAAAGUCGUGCCGUCGAGAUGACUAGAGGUAAAAUGUUAGGCGGCAGCAGUUCACUGAAUUUUAUGGUUUAUGUCAGAGGGAACCCACAUGAUUUCGACGUUUGGGCUGACACUGUAAAAGAUAAAAACUGGAAAUACAAAAAAGUGUUACCUUAUUUUAAAAAAAGUGAAAGGCUAACAGAUUCCUCUAUACAAUCAUCAUAUUAUGGUGCAUAUCAUAACUAUAAAGGAUAUAUGGGAGUACAAAGACAAUACCACCCAGAUGUUGAUGGAUAUAUGCAGGCUUAUAAAGAACUGGGUAAUAAAAUUGUUAUAGAUACAAGCACUGGUGAUUUAGGCUACACACAGCCUUUAUUUACGAUUUCGGAUGGCACUAGACAGAGCACGAGUUAUGCUUUCCUAUCUCCAAUCAAGGAUCGGAUAAAUUUGCACGUUUGGAAAAACACUCUAGUAACAAAAAUUAUUUUUGAUGCAAACCAUAAUGCUGUAGCUAUUGAAGCUCUUACGAGUGACAAUAGAAAAGUAACAGUUAAAGCAAGACGGGAGAUCAUUGUAUCAGCUGGGUCUAUCAAUACCCCUCAACUUCUUAUGCUAUCAGGAAUCGGCCCUAAAAAACACUUACAGGAAAUGAACAUUCCGGUCAUAUCAGAUCUACCAGUUGGAGAAAAUUUCCAAGACCACCAGGGAGCACUACUUGCAUUUAAAAUGGGAAAAUUGCCUUCUUCUCAGCCACCUCCAAAUCCACAUCAAUUUCCAAUACCAUUAAUUAUAGGUUAUGCGGCACUCAACAAAACCCAAAAUUACCCAGACUAUCAAAAUCUUAAUCAUAUUAUAAGAGAUCCAGCUACUCUGUUAGGAUUUUGCACAUUUACUUUUGGCUUUGAGGAUGCUCUUUGUCGACAGCUUAAUGAAACAUGUGAAGGUCACGAAGUUUUGUUAGCCGUUCCCAAUACAAUGCACCCAAAAUCAAGAGGUAAAAUCUUAUUGAAGAGUAAAGAUCCCAAAGAUUAUCCAUUAAUUCACGGAGGUUAUUACUCCAAUCCCGAUGACUUGGAAAACGAAGUUACUUAUAUUGAAGAUGUCAUUCGCGUCAUUAAUACAACCUAUUUCAAGGAAGUGAAUGCUGAAUUAGUCCGUUUUGAUUUACCUGCAUGUGCAGGUUAUGAGUGGGGAUCGAGAGAAUACUGGAAAUGUUAUUCUCGGGAACUGUUAAUAACUAUAUACCAUUACACGGGUACCUGCGCGAUGGGUUCAGUGGUAGAUUCUAGGCUACGGGUUAAUGGUGUAAGGCGACUCCGAGUAGUUGAUGCUAGUGUUAUGCCUUUUAUAACUAGCGGCAAUAUCAAUGCACCGACUAUAAUGAUCGGAGAGAAAGCUGCUGACAUGAUAAAGGAAGACAAUAAUAUUUUUUCUUUUUUGAAACACAUAUUAAAUAUUUUUUGAUUCUAGUGUGCUUGUAGAAACAUCAGAUUAAAUGGUACUUUAAAUUAGUUUUAGAAUAUA